AUGAUCCGCCCUGGCCGUCUCGACAAACUUUUAUAUGUCGAACUACCCACCCCCGCAGAACGGCACGAGAUCCUGAAAACGCUAACUAAAAAGACGCCGUUGUCAUUGGAUGUUGAUUUGAAGAAUAUUGCGGAGGAUUCGCGGUGUGAGGGGUUUAGUGGUGCCGAUCUAGCAUCCUUAAUUCGAGAAGCAGCGGUUUCGGCAUUACGUGAAUCAAUAUUUUUCGAUUCUGAUAGUAAUGUCGCACCUAGUGUCUCAAAACCGGAUAAACGGCGUUACGAGGCGUUACGUGUAAAGUUUGGUGGUGG